ACCGAUGGGCCUUUGUUCAGUGCAGGGGAACUAAUAGUAUUAAUUAAAAAAUCAUUGAACAAGCAGGAAUCUGGCGUAGUAUAAAUUAUAAUAAGUGACAGUGCCCAGCGAUAAAUUAAACAGCGUAAAAAAUAAUAAUAAUAAUGCCGAACAUUGUUGCACUAAAGUUAAGCGGCAGUCAUCCGAUUCCGGCGGGUCACAGGGGUCACAAGGAGGAGGGAAAUGUCCUGAUACUGGACCAAUUGGCGUUGCAGCAACAAAUCAGUGCGAAUUUCAUUUUCCAUGCGAUUUCCAACUACAAGAAAACGCCAUCCGAGCGAAAAACGCUGGACUUCAUUGCCAAAAAAUGGCUACAGAUCCAGAUGCUGUGGCGCGAAUUCCGGCUGAGGGAUAAGCAAAUACGGCGCCGUGGCCACAAGGAUGCGCACUUCUUGGAGCAUGGCUACUUCCAGCAGGAGCUCUUCGAGCUGGUCCAUGAGAAAUAUUCAGCGGCCCGUGGAUGCCUGAGUCGUGACAAAAGGAAUCUGCUCACUGGUCAGCCAGCACUGCGGCCAUAGUGUUUAUUCAGUCGGCGACAAGGCGGCGGAAGGACCCCUUUAAUACAGAAAGAAUGAAAGAAGAAAAAGAAGAAUGAGGAACGCCAGCAGGAAAAAGGAUACGGGGGACGUGUGAAAACUUAUUCCCUCGGAAUAACACGCAUUCGUGUGUGGCCUGCACUGAGUCAACAGUUCGAUUCUGAGAGAUGAUAUCCGUCAACAGCGAUUCCAUUUCCAAUCCUCAAUACCAAUCCGAAUGAAAGUUCCAGCCCCAAACCAAUGGGCAAUCAAUCUGGACUGAACUGAACUGGACGCCAUAUAUAUCCCCAUGAUUGAUUGCACUCGGCCAAUGCUUAUCACAAUUAUUAUGAUAUGCCAAAAAGUUAUACAAGUCACGCUGAUGACGUCGACUGCUCGACGGGAAGUUGCCAAAAGUAUUUCUAUUUAUUCAAAGUAAUAAAUAUUCAAAGUAAAUUUAAUAAAAAGAUUCUCUUGGGUGCAACCUCGGUCACCUUUAAAUUUAAAUGAAAUUCAAAUCAGCCUUUAAUCAGAAUUAAUCACAGACCCCUUACUAAAAAUAUAACCAAAUCUCUGGGGAAUUCCUAUUUGACCGACCAAAAACACUUGAACGAUUAUAUCAGUUAAAUCGACGAUAAGA